AUGAACGGAAUACCCUUCAGCAAUAACAACAAUUAUGGGAUUUCGACCACUUUACCAGCAAUAGAUCAAAAUAAUAACAAUAAUACAGAUCAAAUGUCCCAAGAAGAUCAGGAACGUCAAAGUAAACAAUUACAGCAACUCCCUCUUUUACCUCCUGCUGCAACGUUAGGAACCGCAAAUAAUAACGUGUCGUCAUCAUCGGGAACACCAACAGGUAGUCAUGGUUCCAAAGCAGCAAAUAACGAUUUCGUCAGGAAACUUUAUAAGAUAUUGGAAACAAAUACUUUCCCAAAUCUAGUACGUUGGACUCCGGAAGGUACAAGUUUCGUCGUAUUAGAUACAGGCAAAUUUACCACUCAAAUCUUACCAACUCAUUUUAAACAUUCAAAUUUCUCAAGUUUCGUUAGGCAAUUAAAUAAAUAUGAUUUCCAUAAAGUUAAAAGGAAAUCAGAUGAACCUGGAAGGAAAAAAUAUGGUGAGCUAAGUUGGGAAUUUACACAUCCAUCGUUUAAGAGACAUGAUGAAGCUGGAUUGGAAAAUAUUAAGAGGAAAAUCGCUAAUUCAAGGAAACCAGAUGAAGUUCAACCUGUCACAGUUUCUACGAAAACUUCAGAUAUCUUAAAAGUGGCACCUAGUAAGAUGCAAUUCGAUAAGUUAAAAUCAGAUUUUGAAAAUAUGGAAAGAACAAUGAAUGAUAUGAUGACGAAAUACACAAGAACACAAGAUGAAUUAACUCGUUUGACUAAUCGAUAUAAUACUUUAGUAGAAAGUUUAUUCACUUUUAAAACUGUAAAUGAAAAUGUUGUCAAUAAUUUUACUACUCUUUGUUCUACAUUAUCGCAAAAGGGGAUUGAAUUACCACCAUCUUUGUAUGAUUCCAAUAAAUUGAAUCAACUUGCUACAUAUAAUCCGUUACAGCAACAGCAGUUAGCUAGAUCAUCUUCUCUAUCUCUAAAUGCUCCAUCUAUUCAAUCUAUCCUUGCAAGAGAACCUGUAUCAAUACAAACACCUACAGAUAAGCAAAUUCAACAUCAACCCGCGCCUCAUAAUCAACAAAUUAGAAACAAUCAUAAUACAACUGCCGCAACAACUCCUCUGCUUCAAAAUACAUUACCCUUAAUAUCUACACCAGCAGGUGGAAUUUUACCCUUACAAGAAGAAAAUAUUAAUACCACGGGACAUUCCGUAUCGUCUAUUUCUAAAAGUGAUGUUGAUAUAAAACAAGAAAAUUCUCAAUCUCCUACAGCCACAGAAGAACUAAGGAAAGGUUAUCACGUAUUAUUAGUAGAAGAUGAUGCUGUUUCCAUUCAAUUAUGCUCUAAAUUCUUAAGAAAAUCCGGUUGUACCGUAGAGGUAGUGACGGAUGGUCUCGCUGCAAUUUCCAUUUUAGAAGCAUUUAGAUAUGAUUUAGUACUAAUGGAUAUCGUUAUGCCAAAUUUAGAUGGUGCCACGGCAACAUCCAUCAUAAGGAAUUUUGAUAAGGAAACACCAAUCAUUGCAAUGACUGGUAACAUUGAAGAUCAAGAUUUAAUUACGUAUUUACAACAUGGGAUGACUGAUAUCUUAGCAAAACCUUUCACUAGAGAUGAUUUAUUAUCAAUGUUAAUUAGACAUUUAUCAAAAAGAAUCCCAUUAUGUGAACGUCAACAAUCUGAACCACCAAUCCAGGAUCCUUCACAGGAAAAAGUACGACAACAACUUAUCGCAAAUGGACCGUCGCCUCAUAAUGAACCAUUGAAAAAAUAUCACCAUCUAACACCAACUUAUUGUCGAAUGUACAGGACAAUAACAUAA